AUGAAUAACAAAAAAACCAAAGGCGAUGAAAGGUCUCUCAUUCAUUCAAGUUUAAAAAUGAGCGGCGGAUACGACCAUCGUAGGUUUGGAACGGAGGCUCCUUUAGCGGCGGAGGGAGAAGGAGGAGAAGGACCUUUUAAGAGAUCGGUGAGUGCUUUACCGUUUUGUUUGGUAGCAACCGCAGUUUUAAUCUGUCUCUUCGUCUUAAUGGCUAUCUUCGAGAAGUUUGUUUUCUUUAAGCAAACUCCUCCAUUACCACCUCUCGACUCAAAGCUUCCUCCUUUUGCUUCCCCCAAGAUGGAUGUAUGUAAGAGAGAGAUAUCAGUAUUGAUGCCUGGAGAAGAUGUCCCAACGUUCAUUGCUAAGCCAUGUCCUCAGUACUACUCCUCAUCAUCAUCAAGCAGCUCUUUCUCAAAACCUUCUUGAAUUUUUUUUACCAUUAGUGGUUACUCUUAUUAGGACUUUAUUAUUUUCUUUAUGAAGCCUAAAAGAAAAAGAAAAAAAGACAAGUCUUUAUGUAGUCGAGUGAGUGAUAAACAGAACAGUGUUCUUUGUCUCUGUGUCUGCUUAUCCCAGAGCAAAAAGAGCAGCAAUCUCCAUAAAAAUAAAGCCAUGGAAUUUGU